AGCGACGCGGCCGGGGUCGCCGCGGGCUCGUCCGGGCAGCCCCCCGCGCCGUGGGCGCCCGCCGUGGACUCCGCCGUGGUGAAGAUGCCGGUGGACCUGAUGGCCCAGGCGCUGUGCGGGGCCGGGGAGCCGCACGGGGCCGAGCAGGUCGUGAUGCAGACGUGGGACUUCGCGGGGCAGGACAUGUACUACGGCAUGGCGCACGUUUUCUUGACCUCGCGGGGCAUAUACGUGCUCGCGCUGGACCUGUCGGCCUGGGCCGGGUCGUGGUCGCAGACGGGGCCUCCGUCUCAGGAGCUCGUGGACUCGGUGGACUUCUGGCUCGCUGCCAUCCUCGUGCACGCCCCGAGCGCCCGCUUCGUGAUCGUCGGCACCCACGAUGACGCCGUCCCCGCAGAGGACCGCGGGGCGGUGCGGAGGCGCGUGGACGCGCACCUGGCCUCGCGUCUCGAGGCGAUGCCGUCGCUGCACCACAGGCUGCACGCCAACGCGGAGGAGCAGCUGCUCUUCUUCCCCGUGGACAACAGCCGCCAGAGCCCAGCGGCGCAGCGGGGGGUGGACCGCCUGCGCGAGGCGCUGAACCGGCUGGCCCUCGAGCUGGUCCGGGACACGGGCUGCAUCCCCACCAGGUGGGCCCACCUCCUGCACGUCCUCGCGCAGGAGGAGGCGGGCGGGGCCGGGAGGCCCUACAUCGGCCUGGAGGAGUGCCGCCGCUUGGCGGCCCAGGCCGGGGUCGGGUCGGCCGCGGGGGCGCCCGAGGACCUGCAGGCCUUCCUCGGACUGUUCCACUCGCUGGGGCAGCUGCUCUACUUCCCGGGCUCUCCCGCCGUCGUGCUGAGCCCCCAGUGGCUCCUCGACGCGAUGGCCCACGUCGUGGCCUGCAGGCGGGUGCUCCCCCGCGCGAGGGCGCUCCUGGAGCGCGGGGUGCUGAGCCCCGAGCUCCUGGCCGCGCUGUGGGAGCACCCGCGGGACCCGCAGCACCUCGCGCCGCUGUGGGAGCACAGGGAGACGCUGGUCAGGUUCCUGGAGCACUUCGACCUGCUGGUCCCGAGCCCGGUGGCCGCGGCGGAGCCGGCGAGCCCCGAGGCUGUGAUCUGCCUCGACUUCCAAGGUGGCGGGUCGGCCGCAGACGGGCCAACGGGCGUCUCCCUGCGCGUCCUCCAAAAGGUCUUCCAGGACGCGGCGGAGUUCUCCCUCUCUGGGGCGGCCCUGCCGCCCCGCCUGGCCAGGGCCCGCUCCGUCGUUCUCUCGGGCGCGCCCCGCCCCUCGGAGGGGGGUGCGACCGCCGUGGCCCUGCCGCACCCCGUCAUCGUGGCCCUCGACACCUUCUCGGCCCAGUCGCUCCAGAUCAUGCGCGUGCAGCUGCGGGGCCUGCCUUCGGUGGGCGCCGGGGAGACCGUGAAGGCCGUGCUGGAGCUCUUCGGCGAGUCGCUCCACCGCUGGCUCCCGCGCCUGUCAUUCGCUGGCAAGGUGGCGUGCCCGUGCUGCCAGGCAGGCGCCGCGCCGGAGCAGUGCGGGGCGAUGGGGCACCUCCUGGACCUCGGCGAGGUCCUCUCCGAGGACGCCCUCGCGUGCCCGUACGCGGGCACCUGGGUGGAGGACCGCCUGCCCCCGGCCCUCCGCGAGUGGCGGGCCUCCGAGCGCAGCGCCCGGGCGCCGCCCGGGCCGGCGGCGGCCGCCGGCCCGAGCAGCGUGCGGGUGAGCUUCUUGUACGCCUCGCCGAUCAGCCCAGGAGGCGAGGUGCCCGAGCUGGACAUCGCGGGCGAGGUGCAGGCCCUGCGCGACCUGCCCGGAGUGGCCCUCGACGUGCGCGUGGCGACGCUGGCGGCGUUGCGCGAGGCCUCGCUGUCCACGGCCUCUGUGCUGCACCUGUCCGCGCACUGCUCGCACGUGGACCCGUCCACGCACUGCGCGCUGCCUCGCCUGCGCCUCCUGCUGGAGAACAGCUGCGGCGGGGUGCACAGCGUCGGGGAGGAGGAGCUCGUCGCCAUGGGCCCUUGGGACCGACAGGGCACGGUCCUGGUCUUCCUUGCCUGCGGCUCGAAGGAGCUGGCCGACACCCUCGUCCAGCGCUGCGGGCUGCGGUGCGCGAUCUGCUGCUCCGAGGAGGUCCAGGACCGGGCGGCGCGCUGGUACUGCCGCGGCCUCUACCACGCGCUGGGUGUGGGGCUCUCGGUCGAGCGGGCGCACCAGGCUGGGCGCGAGGCCAUCCGGAGCAGCCCGGACCCCGGCCUCCGGAGCGAGGCGGACAAAUUCGAGCUGCUCGGGGCGCCGGGCCGCGCGGGCGGUUCGAUGCUGGCGCCUGGCCCCACGCCAGCUGGGCAGCCUCGGUGGCCGCUCUGGUCGAUGACAGAGGACUACUGCGAGCGGUGGAGCUGCAAGCUGGGUCUGUGCAGGCACUUCGAGCACCGCCGCGUCGCGGUGCUUACGGGCCCCGCGGGAGUCGGGAAGACGGCCUUCUGCCGCGAGUUCUGCCGGUACUAUUCAGCCCCGGGAGGCCGCUUCUUUUCUGCGGGGGCGCUCUGGGUGGACCGUGCGAGGGUGCGGGCGCGGGCCGGCGAGCAGCCGUGCGACGCCUUGGCGCGAGCGGUCCUCGACGACCUCGCGGCGAGAGGCGCGCCGCCCGGAGCCGCCGCGCCGGCGGCGGCCGCGCGGAGCCCCUGGGACGCCUUCCGGCUGGCGGCCCAGCGGCUGGACGAGGCCGGCCCGUGGCUCGUGGUGGUUGACGGCCUCGAGGUGGCCGAGGACGGUGCUGGCGAGUGCGACGAGGCCUGCCUCGCCGAGGCUCUUGACGCGGCCCUCCGCUGUGCCGCGCGCCUGCAUCUGCUGCUGGCGGCCAGGCGCAGCCCGCGGGGCGCGCCCUGGGGCAGUUUGGCUGGUGCCAAGGCGGUGCCGCUGGAGCUGCCCCCGCUCCCGCCCCUGGAGGCCGCCGAGCUCUUCCUGAAGCGCCUAGGGCGGCACCUCUUCGAGUGCGACUUCGACCCGCGGGCCCCACCCUGGGGCUCCGGGCGCGAGGCGCCCGUGCCCAAGUCGCGCCACCUGCUCGAGCGGCUGGCGGUGACGCGCCUGCUGCACGCCCUGGGCAACCUGCCGGGCCGCGUGGUCACCGCGGCCCGGCUGGUCACGCCCGCGCUGCCCUCGCUGCUGGAGCACCCUGCUCUGCCCCAGGCCUGGCCGCACGAGGCGGCCGCCGACGCCUGA